GGCAGGUUUCGCCUAGCUGCCAUUUUGUAUCUCCACUGUGCGGUCAGAUGAAGUUGGUCGUCAACGAACGAGGGACGAAAUAAGAUGAAAUUUAUGCUAUUUUAUUAAUUGGGACAUCUUGCAGAAGUAUAUUUAAGUGUGAUAUAUUUAGUUAGGCUGUGUUGUUCGAGGUCGACCGGCUGUUCUUCUUCUAACCGGACCGUUGGCCCUCGCCUCGGACUUCAUCUUGUUUACAUUCUACAGCGGAAAAGCUAACGCUAACGCCGUUAGCCAACCUGCUAGCUUAGCUGGCAGACAACUUUCCUUGCGUUAGCUUUCUAACGCUAAACAUAGCGAAAUGGCGGCCAACACGACACAAGCAGCCCCUACAACUAACUGGUCCUAUGGUGCUGCUGCAGACGGCCAAGUCCAUGAAAAUCCUGAAUGGGAGAAGGCAAGACAAGCAUUAGCAUCCAUCAGCAAGAGUCAGACCUCUGCUAAGACUACACAACCUAACAGGACCGCUGCAGAGGCUGGCCAAUUCCAACCAGCAGCAACUGACUCUGCUGCUAUGCAGCAGCAGCAGUACUAUCCGUGGUACCAGCAAACUCAGCAGCACUAUCCUGGAUAUACAUACUCCUAUAACUACUACUACCCCAUGGGGCCAUAUGGUGGUGCCUAUCCUCCAAAUCAGUAUGGUGUACCCCCAGGGCCUUACCCAGGAACUCCUACGUCUAAUGGACAGCCUCCCCCAGUGCCUGGAAUGGAAGAUCAGUCCCCCAGCUACACCUCCCCAACUCAACCUCAACCACCUCCCCCUGCUACUCCUCAACCACCCCAGAGCCCAACCACCUCAGAAAACCCCCCUCCUCCACCACCCCCUCCCAUUCCCCCACCACCCAACUCCCAGUACCCCCCUCCCCCAUCACAAACUUCUUACAAUACCAACAACAGUAUGACAUACCCACCUGGAGACCCCAACCAGAUGCAAGUCUACAAUCAUUCACAGGGAAGGCCUAACUAUGGACAAAACUUCCAGGCUCAGAAUGCCUAUCAGGCAUCUCAGAAUAAUUCCCAGCAGCAACAACAGCCUGCUCAGUAUGCAGCUGGACUGGGCAGAGGAGAAGCCAACAAGAACAAAAACCAGAAGCAAGGACAGCAACUCUGGCACCGCAUGAAACAGGCACCUGGCACAACUUCUGUGAAGUUCAAUAUUCCCAAGAGGACCUAUCAGGUAUCCCCAGUUUCCAAUCAGGCUUUCCCUCCAGGCGAACAGCCCCCGGGGUUGAAUCCAGCACCUUCAUCUCCUGCUACUGCCAGUGCUGCACCUGGAGGUCCUCAGGCACGACCGCAGGACUGGCCGCAAGCCAUGAAGGAAUAUGUGCAGCGUUGUUUCACAGCUUGUGAGACAGAGGAAGACAAAGAUCGUACGGAGAAGGUGCUGAAAGAAGUUCUACAGGACCGCUUAAAAGAUGGCUCUGCUUACACCAUUGAUUGGACCCGUGAGCCACUGCCAGAGUUAAAGGUUAAGCAGUCUCGUUGGGAAAGCAUUGCACCUCAGAGGACAACAGAUACCUCAGUUGGCUGUGGUGGAAGCACAGUGGCUGGAGCUUCAAGAGGCAGAGGUAUUGGACACAGAUUGGGCAACUACAGGAAUAUCUUUUCUCAAAGGAGUCCAACUUCUAGUUCAUCCAAUUCCUCCUCCCGCUCACCAUCACCUUCGCAUAGCCGGCACAGGGACCGCAGCAACCAAAGGCACAGACGCAGUGAUUCUGAUUCACAGUCAGAUAGCAGCAUCUGCAGUGACCUCCGACCUCAGCUUUCAAGGCGAGGUCAGAAAGGAGGGCGUGGUCGUGGCAAUGAUCGGGAUAGAGGGCGUGGAGGUGGUGAGAGAGGACGAGGAAGAGGUGGAAAAGGAAGAGGAAGACGAAACAUGGAGGAUUCAGCUGUUGGAAAGAAGAGGAAAGGUGGCAGUGCUGGUUUGGAUUUCCACGAUCCCAACAGAGAAGCUAAGAAGCAGAGCCGAGCAGCCCGUUUCCAAAAACAGCUUCGCUCAGAGCCUCUGGUUCUCUCCAUCAAUGCCCUGGACCUGCCUGAUGGAACACAAGAGGGCCUUAGUUGGGAGGACUGCCCCAUUGUGGGAACAUGUCAGGACAUCACCAAGCACUACCUGAGGCUCACCUGUGCCCCUGACCCCUCCACUGUGCGCCCAGUGCAUGUGCUGAGAAAAUCUUUGCAGGCUGUGAAAGCCCACUGGAAAACAAACCAGGACUAUACAUAUGCCUGUGAGCAGAUGAAGUCCAUACGACAGGACCUAACGGUUCAAGGAAUUCGUACUGAAUUCACAGUGGAAGUGUACGAGUGUCAUGCACGGAUAGCUCUAGAAAAGGGAGACCAUGAAGAGUUCAACCAGUGCCAGACCCAGCUGAAGGCCCUGUAUAAGGACAAUCCCUCAGAGAACAUUGGAGAAUUUACAGCAUAUAGAUUGCUGUAUUACAUCUUUACUAAAAACUCUGGAGAUCUAACCACUGAGUUGGUGUAUUUGACCCCAGCACUACGGGCAGAUGAUUGUGUGGCUCAUGCCCUCUCACUUCGUGCAGCUUGGGCAUUAGGAAACUAUCACCGGUUCUUUAAGCUCUACCUGGAAGCCCCGCGUAUGGCUUCAUAUCUCAUUGACAAGUUUGUAGAGCGUGAAAGAAAGGCAGCACUUAGGGCCAUGGUCAAAACGUUCAGACCCGACUUGCCAGUGCAGUAUGUGCAGUCCACCUUAGCCUUCUCUUGUUUAGACUCCUGUAUGGCCUUUUUAACCGGGCUAGGAGUCACAUUCACGCCUUCUGAUCCCCAAAAAAUAGACUGCAAAACCAGCACAGCCUCUUUGGCUGCCUCCUGAGAGGGGUGGAAGGGUAGCACAGUGAAAGGAGUGGCUAAGGGACCAUCAUGGAUCCUUACAUAUUCAAUUCAAUGCAC